AUGCAACGUUCAAUUUCCUCAACCAAGAAUGUCUACAGUAAUCUCCUUCACUACCAGAAACCACAAACUGCCGCCAUGAUCACACGACAGCAGCCACCUUGCGAUGUUUUCAUUAACCAUCGUGGAAUUGACACAAAGAAGAACGUCGCCGGACUUUUGUAUAAUCAUCUCAUGAGGUUAAGAUUAAGGCCUUUCUUGGACAGCAAGAAUAUGAAACCAGGCGAUAAAUUGUUCAAUAAAAUUGACACUGCAAUCAGAGGAUGUAAAGUUGGGGUUGCGCUUUUCUCUCCCCAGUAUUGUCAAUCCUAUUUUUGCUUGCAUGAACUGGCUCGUAUUAUGGAGGCAAAGAAGAAGGUUAUACCUGUUUUUUGUGAUGUUAAACCAUCGGAGCUUAUGAUUAAGGACAACUGGAGGUGCCCAAAACACGAGCUAGAUAGGUUUCAGUCGGCUCUUGAAGAGGCUAAGUACACCGUGGGCUUAACUUUCGAUUCAUCAGACGGGGACUGGCCGGGAUUUUUAACGACAGCGACCGAAGCGAUUCUUGAGAACUUGAUAGAGGUGGAAGAGGAAGAGCAACAAAAAUGA